GUUUGAGAAAGCAUAAACAAUUACAAAAGAAAUAUAUAGACAGAGGGCCACUACAUGGAAUUCUACUAGAUCCAAAAUUGGCAAGCCUCACCUCCAUAUCAAACAACUGAGAUACCAGCUACACCAAUCCUGGCCAGGUGCAUGGCUAUUUUGAUAUUUCUUUGUGUUGUUUGAGGCUCAUAAUUGUAAGUCUACACAUGAAAAAAUUAAAUAAAGGAAACAUAGCAGCUUUGUACAGUUCUGAUUGAAUCACUGACUACAUGACUGAUUUAACAGACUUUUCUGAAUUUGAUUUCAUCUGUAAUUCUAUAAAAACAAGUGGAAAAGAUGGAAAAGCAAGAAAAUGGAUAUCAAGAAAGGAAAUUGUUGAUCCACCUGAGGAAGAUGAAAACAUCUUUUUGUCUCAAAGAUUUCUUCCAGAUUUUCCAACUUUUUCUCAGUUGCAUCAAACAUCUAAAGUUCCUGCCAUUACAGCAGGCCAGUUCAACACACAAGUUCAACAAAUUGAAAGGCUUCAUAAUAACGUAGCAUCAAAACUGCUUCAACCUUCUGAUCUUUUAGAGGACCUUCCAAAUUCUCAAAGUCUCUUUUAUGAAGAAGAAUCAAACUCAUUAUCACAGCCAGCAAAACUAUCAAGCCAUAUGAACCAAACUCUUUCAGUUGUUGAGCCCUUGCUGUGGACACAUUGCAAAACUAGUGAUGGAAGUAAAAGUGUAUUACAAUCAACACUCAUUCCUAGUCAUGCUAAUAGGAAAUUAAAAGCAUUUAGUUUUGUGCCAGAUGCUACAACUACAGAGAAAAAAGUAUCCUUUGUUACUCCAUAUGCCUUCAAGCUUCCAGUGUCUAGGAAGUUUGGUUCUGAGAAAAGUGUGCUGAAUCUUCGAUCAGUUUCAGAAAUCCCUGAAAAAUAUCGACACGUGUUUAGCAAUUUUCCUUUUUUCAACAUUGUGCAGUCCAGAGUAUUUGAAGAUGUAUUAUAUACUGACCAACCACUGGUUGUUUGCGCUCCAACAGGAUCUGGGAAAACUGUUAUUUUUGAAUUAGCUAUUAUUCGUCUCUUAAUGAGAAUGGAAAAUUAUUCUGAAAAGGAGAGACAUUUUAAAAUUGUGUACAUGGCUCCUAUAAAAGCUCUCUGUAGUGAGCGUUUGGAGGACUGGAAGAGAAAGUUUGAUGCUUUUCAUCUCAAGUGUUUAGAGUUGACAGGGGAUACUGAUAUUGAUGAUUACUUUGAGCUGCAGAAAGUUUCCAUCAUUCUUACCACACCUGAAAAGUGGGACAGCAUGACAAGACGUUGGAGGGAUAACAAAUCAUUAGUUCAGAUGAUCAGACUGUUUUUGGUAGAUGAGAUUCAUCUGUUAAAUGAUAGUACUCGUGGAGCAACUAUAGAAGCUGUUGUGAGUCGUAUGAAGACUGUUCAAUCUUCUAUUUGUCGUCAGUUAGAAAACUCCAUAACAUCAGCUGCUGGGUUGCGAUUUUUGGCAGUAUCUGCAACAGUUCCAAAUGCAGAAGAUGUGGUAGAAUGGCUUGGAUCAUCUGAUGUUCCUGGUGUGAGCUACAAGAUGAGUGAUGAUCUUAGACCUGUGAAGCUUCGGAAAGUUGUUCUUGGAUAUCCUUUCAAAGAGGGCUGGUCUGAAUUUAAGUUUGACAUCUCACUAAGCUAUAAACUUAAUUAUGUUCUACACACCUACUCAGAGAGAAAACCUACGCUUGUGUUUUGUUCCACAAGAAAAGGAGUCAUGCAAACUGCAAACAUCCUCAGCAAGGAAACAAAGUUUGUAUAUAACUCAGAUCAUAAGCAACUGUUAGUAAAAACAGCCAACAUGCUUAGAGAUGGUAAACUUAGAGAUGUGGUCAUCAAUGGAAUAGGUUACCACCAUGCAGGACUAGAUUUUUCAGAUAGAAAAUACAUGGAGGAGCUUUUUGAGAGUGGAAAACUUCCAGUUUUAAUAUCCACCAGCACUCUUGCUAUGGGAGUAAACUUUCCUGCUCAUCUUGUUGUGGUAAAGUCAACUACACAGUAUGUGGCUGGCAGCUAUGAAGAAUAUUCUGACACCCAAAUCUUGCAGAUGAUUGGUCGAGCUGGCAGACCUCAGUUUGAUGAAUAUGCCACAGCUGUGAUUAUGACUAAACAGUCACAGAAGCCCAAAUAUCAGACCUUCUUGAAUGGAAUGCAAGUUGUUGAAAGCAGCCUCCAUAAGCACGUAGUGGAACACUUAAAUGCAGAGAUUGUGUUGCGUACUAUCACUGAUGUGUCCAUAGCUGUGGAAUGGCUCAAAUCAACAUUCUUGUACAUCAGAGUGUUAAAAAAUCCAAAGCAUUAUGGAAUUAAUACUGGCUUGUCUAAAGAAGAAAUAGAAAAGAAGCUACAAGAUAUGUGUCUCAAGGAACUGAAUGCUUUGACAAAGUACAAAUUGGUGAAAAUGGAUGAUGAUGGUUUUGAUUUGAAACCAACUGAGCAAGGAAGACUAAUGGCUCGAUAUUUUAUUGCCUUUGACACAAUAAAACAGUUUACAACACUGAAUGGAACUGAGACUUUGUGUGAUUUGGUAAGUGUGAUAUGUGGAUGUAAGGAGUUUGAAGAUGUUCAGUUGAGAAAUAAUGAAAAGAAAGUGUUAAAUACCCUUAACCAUGACAAACAUCAUCCUACUAUCAGAUUUCCAUUGACAGGAAGGAUCAAAACACGUAACUUGAAAGUAAAUUGCCUUAUUCAAGCAGCAUUGGGUUGUCUGCCAGUUCAAGAGGCUUCACUGAACCAAGAUUUAGCUCGCAUACUGAGAGCAGGGCAAAGAAUAACUAAAUGUCUUGCAGAGUUUCUUAGUAUAGAAGUGAAAGGUUUCAGUGGAUUGUUAAAUGCAAUAAUAUUAUCCAAGUGUUUUCGAGCUAAGUUGUGGGAAAACUCUAAACACGUAUCUCGUCAACUAGAGAAAAUAGGUGUAACUUUGUCAAAUGCUCUUGUGAAUGCUGGAAUCACAUCUUUUCAUAUUCUGGAAGAGACAAAUCCAAGAGAGUUAGAAAUGAUCACAAAUAGGCAUCCUCCAUUUGGAACUCAACUACGUGACACAGUGGAACACCUUCCUAAAUAUGAAAUAACAAUUGAACAGGGAGCUCGCUACAGCAGCUUUCAAGCUGAUCUUUGUAUUACACUCACACUCAGCAACUGGAAUAAACUUCAGAAUAGACAUACAGCUCCUGAAAAACAUGCUAGUCAGCUAAUUAUAGGAGAUACUGAUAACAAAGUAGUUCUUAAGCAACGCAUCAGUGACUACUUGUUAAUAAAAAACAAAGAAUGGGUGAGGAAAUUUGAAGUACAGCGUGCUUCAAAAGGGGAUCAGCUUUCUGUCAAUCUAAUUAGUGAGCACUACGUUGGUCUGGAUGUCCAGAGCACUUACACCCCAUUCUAUUUGGGUCCUAAGAAGAUUUCUGUUGGAAAAAAUUUUCCAACUCCCCAGGUUAAAGAAAAGAUUGAAAAUCCAUCACCGGGAAGUGACUUUGAUUUGAGUCCAUCAGUAAUUGAAGAAGCCAAAAGAGAUUUUAACUACCCAAUGCACCCUCAAUUAUCGGGCAUAGAACCUGGUCGAAGGACUUGUAAUCAUCAUUGUACCAACAAAAAACUCUGUGGCCAUGACUGUUGCAAGUUUGGGGUUACUUUUAAUGCUAAGAAACCAUCAGAAAAUCAUCUUAGUUCAUUUUUUGAUGAAUUGCAUCAUAGAGCUAAUUUCUUACCUAAACCUUCUUCAAAGAGAUUGAAGUUGGCAACAACAACCACACCUUCUAAGCCUACAAUUUCGAAGGAAGACCUGGUGGCAAGAUUUAGUUACACACCCUGUAGUAGAAGCACACCUAGGACCUCUGACACCUCUGUCACAACAGACACAUCUGAAGGAUGGGAUAUUUUUAACCUUUAUCAGUUAAACAAGGAGAAAGAGUAUGGAGAUUUAUACAGUGGUCAGAUGGAGAAGAAAGAAAAUUGUAGAAAUACUAAUAAAGAAUACCAAACCCCAAAGUUGGGAGAAAAUUGUCCGAAACCUGAUUUUAAUCUUGAACUUGAAGACAUUGAAUUAAUUGAUUGUACUAGUGAUGACAGUCAAGAAUGUCUGAUGUAUUACUCUGGACCAAAUCUCUCUGAAAAGGAUUAUACCACUAACUGCACUGUGGUAGAGGACAAAGAUAUGUUGGUUGAUUCUAUUCUUGUUGAAGAUUUCCAAGACCAAGAAGGAGACACCAAACAUGCUUGUAAUCCAGCCCCUGAGAAAUCAGCAUAUAAGUUGGACAAAGUUCAUCCUUCACUUGCUACUUUUAAAUGGAAAUCUUCUUUCAAAGGCAUGCCUCUUAGGACAAAACCAUCAGAAUCAGCAAAAUUAGGCCAUCUAUAUGUAUCAGGAGAUGAUGUAUACAAAAAUAGCUUCACUUUAGCUUCAUCUUUAUUGCCUUCCAAGCCAACUGACAGUUCUGCUUGUGAUCAUACCUGUGUUUCAAGGAGUCCUUUUAGUCUGUCUCUAGAUAGGACUACAGGUAAUGAAAAUUAUCAUGUAACCCUUUAUAAGGACAGCUUUCCUUGUCUUUCUCUUGAUGAUGAUAGUGAAAACAAUCAACUUGGACAUAAAGCUUGUUUAAAGAGUCCCAAGAAACCCUUAAGUGUUUGUGAUCUUAAGGACUUGGAAGAUGCAAAAGCAACUUUCAACAGCAUAUUUGAUGGAAUCCUAUAAAAUAGUUAUUUUGUAUGUUUUUAAUAUGCAUACAGUGUAUAACUAAGAUUUUGUUUUUGCUGGGACGACAAAUAUUAUUCAUUAAUAUAUUUUUGUUUCUUUGGUGGUGCCUUUUGUGACUGAGUUGAAAUGAACAUCACAUUUUAUUUAGCAUUAUUAUUAUUUUUCCUUUAUCAUAAUGUUUGUAUUAAAUGAGACACAGUGAAGUUUAUUUAAGCUGAGAAGUAUUGGCUGGUAUAAAGGUAUUUAAUGCAGCAGUCAUGUUAUUUAAACACAGUGACAUUUGUUUAUUCAUCUAUUGAAGGGUGGUGUAUUUUUUAUAACUAAGCAUACUGUUCAGAGUGUUCAGUUUAUGUCAGUAACAUCAUUCUAAAGAACUUUGUUUGUGUUGGAAUUCAGCUAUCACUGAUAUGGUUUAAAGUAUUUACAGUCUUCAGGAGGUCUUUGAUUGUGAAUUCUACAUAUAGACAUUACAUGUUGAUUUCAAUUAUAUUAAACAGAAAUGAAGAACAUGAAAAUACAUAGUUAUGUUUAAAUAAACUAAAAUAUUUAACUCAUAAAAUUUUUCAUGUUAUUUUUGUGUAACAAAUACAAAAAAUUAUGUGUGCAACUAUUACGUCAUCUUAUGAAUGUAGUGUAUUUGAAAUUAAUAAAUUAAAAUAAAUAUUAAGUAUUAAAGCUAUAUAAGUAGACCUAUAGAGUACUGUAACAUCUACUUUUUUACAAAAAUAAAAUAAUAUACACAAGGUGGUUGUAAAGUCAUCAGAGAUGAGUUCGAAGGAGUGUGAUGGUUAAAUAUGACAAUAGUGAAGAACCCCAUCUCUAUUAGAUAUGGGGCUUUCUAAAGAUACAGAUCUUGUGCCAUAACCAAAUAACUAUUCGUCCACAGAAAGAUGGCUUUGGUUCAGAGGUUUAGAAAAGUCUUGGGAAGAUAUUAUGGACUGCAUUAUUCAAUACCAUGGAGUAAUUAAAAAUGAUAGUAGCAACA